AUGUCUCACAUCGAUAAAUUUGGUCUGCUCGGUGGUAAUUUCAAAAAACCACCCCAACGGAAAACCAGGUAUUUACUUAAUAUUAAUCCAUAACUAGACAUCUCUGUAUAAAAUGUUUUUGGUCGUUAAUUUAGAUUGAACCGUUCACAAGAAGAGUUGACCCCUUUACCUUGGCAUGAUUAUUUUGAAUAUAAACGUGUCAUUAACAUUGAUGAUAAUAAGUUUACAACAUAUUUAUUGGGCAAUUUAGAUUCUGUUCUAAUAGUUUUGCUCCACGGAGGAGGAUUUAAUGCUCUUACUUGGUCAAUUUUUGCUGUAAGUAUUCCUAAAACAAUAUGGCCAAUUUAAAGUAUUAAUAUGUUAGUAAUUAUUAUUAUACCUAUUGAUAUUACUUACCUUUUUAGUAUAUUUUUAUUUCUUUGCAUACUUUGUUUUUUAAUAUAUAUUGUAUAAUCAUAUAAACUGUGAAAUAAUAUUACCAAUGUAUCCAAAUAAUAUUAAACUAUCUAUGCAUUUACUAUUUAGAAUAUAAUUUUUAAAUUUCAGAAAGAUUUUAAUUUAAAUUAAUUUUAUAUUAUGUGUAUGUGUUACGGAUACUGGAUUUUAAAUACUCAUUUCAAUUACUUUGGUGUUGUUUGGCUUUUUUUUAAAUAUUAUUACUUCAUUGAAAACAAUCAUAUCACUGUAUUAAAAAAAUAAUUUAUAAUUAAAACAAAUUAUUAUUUGUAAUAGUUAUUUUAUUUUAAAUAUUCAUAAAGUUAAUGCUUAAUGAAUGCACAAUAUUGUUUUAAAGUAAUCAAUGUACACAUAUUAUGGCUAUUGUAUUUGUUUAAACCAAAACACUUUUUUCUUAAAGUAUAUACCAAUGCAUACUUCAUAAUUAUUUUAAAAUUAUUAUUUUUAGAAACAUUUAGUAAAACAGUGUGAAUGCCAAGUUUUAGCAAUUGAUCUACGAGGACAUGGCAGUUCAUUUACUACUGAUGAUAAUAAUUUAUCAAUGGAUACUUUUACUAAGUAAUAUACUUUGAUUUUUUAAUUCAGAAUAUAUUUUUAAUAAAUUUAUAUACAUUUCAGUGAUGUGAUAAGUAUAUUACGUAAAUUGUAUCCAGAUAAAAUGCCAUCAAUAGUUUUGAUGGGUCACAGUCUUGGUGGAGCUGUUGCUGUAAAUAUAGCUUCUACGGCUGAAUCUGAUUUGCCAAUUAUUGGCUUGGUUGUUAUUGAUGUAGUUGAAGGUUCAGCAAUGGAAUCUUUAGCUAGUAUGCAAAGUUUUUUAAGAAGUCGACCAAAAUCGUUUAAAAGUUUACAUGAAGCAAUUGCGUGGGGGUAUAUAUACACUAAAUAAUAUACUUAUAUUUUAUUUAGAACAGUUAUUUGUUAUACUAAAAUUUGGUGUCUUUAGAAUAUUAUUGAUACUGAAAUAAGUAAUUUGUUUAAAGUAUAUGUAUGUAAUACAUGUUUAAGUAUUAAAUAUGCAUAAAUUGUUUUUAUGUAUUUAUAAAUUAAUUUGGUAUGUUUAAUAUUAAAAUUAAAAUUUAACAAGUCAUUAAAACAUUGACGGACAUUACUGCUAUAGCAGUAAAAUGUAAAAUGCCAUAUUAUGUCAAUACUGCUGAAGCAUUAAUCUUUUCAAUGAUAUCAAAUCAUAGAAGACAGUGGACUGCCACAUUUCGAUAGUCUACUGACAAUUUACGUAGAUUUUGGAUGUGUGUAUAGCACUUUUAAUAUAACAGUAAACAUAUUUCAAGUUCCGUCAAUGUGUUGAUGAAUUAUUGUGUAUGUCAAUUACUUGUUUAUAUUCUUGUUCAUGUAUAUUUUUAGAAUGGGAAAUGGUCAUAUUAAAAAUAAAGAAUCUGCCCGAGUUUCUAUUCCAGGACAGAUAAAAAAGUGAGCUAUUAACAGUAGUAUAAUAAUUGCAAACUGAAAUUUAUUAAAUUGUAGUGAUUCAGAAGGAUCAGUUGUUUCAUUAUUAUUUGGACAAUAUACUGUAAUUAUUUAAUACCUUUAUAAAUUAUUAUAAUCUAACCAAAAUUAUUUGGUUAGUGGGAAAAUAUUGUUUUCUAGUAAAUAUAUCAUUAAAAAAAUGGCAUUUCUGAUUUUUCUGAUUAUUGAAUUUAUAUUUUAUACAUAUUUUGUUAAAUAAUAAAUAAUAAAACCAUUUUUACGGUUUUAGUAUAGUCACUGGUAAACUUGCUACAGAUGAACUUGAAGAAUCAACUAUAAUUGACUCACCACAAUCCACUGAAGAAAUUAACAAACCUCCAUAUUCAUCGAUAGACUCUAUUAAAGAAGAUGAAGAAUGUGGUCCACCAUCAUUAUCUGUCAGCUUAAAAUAUAAUUGUCUGGUUUUUUAAACAUUUAUUUUUAUUUUUAUUAUUUUCCAGACUGAAAAAUCAUUGGGUAUAUAUACAUGGAGAAUUGAUUUGUGCAAGACAGAAAAAUACUGGCCUGGGUGGUUUCAAGGUUUAUCGAAUAAAUUUUUAUCCAUUCAUGCACAGAAAUUAUUGUUAUUAGCUAAUAUUGAUCGUAUGGAUAAGGAUUUGACUGUUGGUCAAAUGCAAGGUAACCUAAAUCAAAAUUUACAUUUACAUAUCUUUUUGUAGUAUUUUAGAAUUCCUAAUGAAUAUUUAAUAUUUAGUUUUAUAUUUAAAUAAUUAGGUAAAUUUGAAAUGCAAGUAUUAAAUAGAGUUGGACAUGCUGUACAAGAAGACGAUCCAGAUAAGGUUGCUAGUAUAUUGUCAAAUUUUUUAGUACGCAAUAAAUUUGCAAAUCCAACCGGAGAUUUUAUUCGGUAUGUCAAUUAAUCAGUUUUAACUUUUAUUUAAAACAAAUUCAGAAAAAUAUGAUCUUUUAAAUUUUGUUAAUUCAUUAUAACAAUUUUAGGAAAAUAAUUAUUUUUAUAUUAUUUAAGAUUGUCAUAUUAGUUGCAUAUUUUGAUUUAAAGGAAAUAUCAAUAAAUGUAAGGUUACCAAACAAAUUGUUUAAUAUACUGUUUAUGAUAAAUUAUUAAAUAUUUCUUCAGUUAUUUUUAAAAUAAACUUAGAGUAAUUAUAGAAAAAUCUUAUAAACAGAUAUCAAAAUAAACAAUAUAAUGUUAUAUAAAUAAAAAUUAUUAUUAUGAUAGUAAUAAUUACAUAGUUUCAUAAACAUUCAAUAAAACUACUUUUCUUGCAAUUACGACAGUUUUUAAGAUAAUAGGACAGGAUAUUUUUUUUAAAGGAUAUUCCAUAAUAUAUUGUCUGGUUAAUUCAUAUUAUGAGAAAAUUAUGUGUAUGAUGAUAUUAUUUUAUUGAACACAAGAUGAUUUAUUUUUAUAUUUUAUGUUUGAUUUUUAAUUAACGGAAAUUACAUUUGUAAUUCAUGUGUAAACAAAAUGUAGAUUAAAUGAAUGAAAUCACACUAGAAUAUUCAUUUAAUAUAUUAUUGCUAUAUUUAAAUUUAAAUGAACCAUUUUGUUUAGAAUAAAAAUGUCCGUUCAAUAAAGUUAUAUUUUUUGAAUAGUUUUUUAAUGAUUAAUGAAUUGAGCAUUUAAAUUUAAAUUUAUAAUUUAGCUUUUGUUAUGAAAAUUAUUAGAAUGUCACCCAUUUGUGUAACAAAUGAUUAAUGCUAUCUCCGCAAAUAAGAAGUAAUUACAAUUUUUAUAUGUGGCUUUAAUAAGAAAUGUCAAUGAACUGUUGUGUUGUUUUUUAAUUUUAAGUAUCUAACGUAUAUAACAACACAAACUGUUUUAAUAGAGUAGCCUCAAUUGACAUUAUUUCUAUAAUGCAAAAAAUUAAUUUUCAAUUUAAUUUAAUUUAAUUUUUUUAUAAUUAAGCUUUUUACUAAAUUUAUAAUUAAGUUGUAUUAAAAUAUAAUAUGCUCAAAAUAUUUUUACUGGAUAUAUAAAUCAAUAAUUAUCUACAUUUUUAUUGCAGGAUUCUUCCAGGUUGUUGA